CAGUACUCGGUUCAAAAGUAUCGAGUACAAAAUUAGAACGGUAUCGGACGAAAAGAAUCGAGUAUGUACUUGUAUUUACUAGUAUCGUUUCAUCUCUAAAUAUAUACAAGGAAUCUGCAAAUCAGCUGAGUGUUGUGUACAACAUUUGUUGUCCAACUUAAGUCAUCAAAUAAGAAAACAUUUGAUAAAAUUUCGCGGGAUUGUUCAAACAUUUAUGUACUCACAAGAAUGAGCCUGCCAGAUAAGAAAAGGAAUCGGCUUCCAAAUUUUUCGAUUGCCGAGGAAAAUUUGCUAAUAGCAUUAGCUGAACAACAUGCCAGUGUAAUUGAAAAUAAGAAGACGGACGCGACUUCAUGGGAAGAAAAGCGUAAAGCGUGGGAUAUUAUUGACGAAGAGUUUGAAGCACAGAUGGGUAUAAAGAGGGGCUCAAAACACCUUCGGGAAAAGUAUGAUAACCUAAAGCGUAAGGCCAGAAGGGACUUGGCAAGAGAUGGACAUUGCAUGGACGCUAAUAUGGAAAGGCUUGCAUUACUAAUGGGUCUAUCGACAAAUUGGCAUAAUCGUGUCGCCGGUGAUGAAACUUUCUUUGAGGAUUCCAUGUACAGCAGCACAACGGAGGACGUAGCAGACGCCACUGAAGCAGUAGAAAUUGACAUGAAAUGCGAUCCAACUUCUUGCGACCCAAUAUUUCUGGAAAAGAAAUCAGAUAACAUAACACACAACACAAAAUACAAAAAAAGGCGAGUGAAGCGUGAUUCGCAACAAAUUUUCUGGGAAAAUGAAGAAAAACGAGCAGCUGAAAGACAUACAUGGGCUUUAAAAAAGCAUGAGUUAGAAAUCAGGGAGGCUGAAGUAAAAACAGAUCUUUUAAAUAUAGAGCUAGAGUGCGCAAAGCAAAAACUAUUAAGCACAAACUGUACUUUGUAAUGUACGAUAAUUAAUACAUAUCUGAUCAGUGACCAUUCAUGCAUGUACUCAUGUAAAUAUGUAUAACUACCACA